CUCCACUCUCUUCCUGCCUAUCCAACCCCCUCCCCUCAGCAUUCCCGCCCAUUCUCUCCUCCCCUUGCCUGCUGCUUCCCUCUCUCUUUCUCUUCACACACACAAGGAAGCAGAUACAGGGCUCGGAACCGCCCGUUCUCCACUCUCCGCACCGUGAAACGGAUCUAAUCGUCCUGCCCGACGCCCAGCCGGAGCCAUGAGCUGGGGUACCGAGUUGUGGGCCCUUCCCAUCAGUGUUUUGCGGCAUAAUGUGUUCCAAGGAUAAACUCACAGAUCUGCAGCUGCAAGGAUCCCGUUUCAAACCAGCUGUCCCAGAGAGACUGACCAGUUUGAUAAUUUGGAGAAGCAUACACAAUGGGGCAUAGACUUCUUGGACAAGUAUGCAAAGUUUGUGAAAGAAAGAUUAGAGAUUGAGCAGAAUUAUGCAAAGCAGCUCAGAAACCUGGUGAAGAAGUACUGCCCAAAGCGUUCAGCUAAAGAUGAAGAACCCAGAUUCACCUCUUGUUUAUCUUUUUACAACAUUUUAAAUGAGCUGAAUGACUAUGCUGGACAACGAGAGGUAGUGGCGGAAGAAAUGGGCCAUAGAGUUUAUGCUGAGAUAAUGAGAUACUCAAAUGACAUAAAAGGAGAACGGAAAUCGCAUCUUCAUGAGGGGCGCAAAGCUCAGCAAUACCUGGACAUGUGCUUAAAACAAAUGGAUAAUAGCAAGAGGAAAUUUGAAAGAGAGUGUAGAGAGGCAGAGAAGGCUCAACAAACGUACGAGAGACUGGAUAAUGACAGCAAUGCAACCAGAUCUGAUGUUGAGAAGGCAAAACAGCAGCUCCAUCUGCGCACACACAUGGCAGAUGAAAGCAAAAAUGAAUAUGCUGCACAGCUCCAGAAUUACAAUGCAGAGCAACACAAACAUUUUUAUAUCGUCAUCCCACAGAUGUAUAAGCACCUCCAAGAAAUGGAUGAACACAGAACUGUAAAGCUAAGUGAAUGUUAUAAAGGCUUUGCUGAUUCUGAGCGAAAAGUUAUUCCCAUUAUUUCGAAGUGUUUAGAAGGAAUGGUUCAAGCGGCCAAGUCAGUAGAUGAGAGGCGGGACUCCCAGAUAGUGGUGGAUUGCUUCAAAUCUGGCUUUGAGCCGCCCGGAGACUUUCCUUUUGAAGACUACAGCCAGCAUAUUUACAGGACAGUAUCUGAUGGCACCAUCAGUACCCCAAAGCCAGAGUCAUUAAAGCCUGACCCCAGAGUGACAGUUGGGAAAGCCAAGGGCAAACUCUGGCUGUUUGGAAAGAAACCAAAGGGUCCGGCUCUGGAAGAUUUCAGCCACCUUCCCCCAGAACAAAGACGCAAGAGGCUGCAGCAGAGAAUUGAUGAGCUCAGUCGAGAACUUCAGAAAGAGAUGGAUCAAAAAGACGCGCUGAAUAAAAUGAAAGAUGUGUAUGAGAAGAACCCGCAGAUGGGAGAUCCAGGCAGCUUGCUACCAAAAAUAGCGGAAACAACAGGCAACAUCGAAAGGCUGCGGAUGGAAAUUCAUAAAAACGAGGCUUGGUUAUCGGAAGUGGAGGGCAAAGUAUCCCAGAGAAGUGAGAGACGACACAGCGCUGAAGCCAACCAUCUUGUAGCACAAGGAAGAGAGAGCCCUGAAGGAAGUUAUACUGAAGAUGCCAAUCAGGAAGGCAGAGUUCAGCCUCAGCCCCAUUCUCACCCUGAGUUUGAUGAUGAAUUUGAUGAUGAUGAACCACUCCCAGCUAUAGGACACUGCAAAGCCCUCUAUCCUUUUGAUGGCAAUAAUGAAGGCACCUUGGCAAUGAAAGAAGGGGACGUAUUGUAUAUUAUAGAGGAAGAUAAAGGGGAUGGAUGGACAAGAGCAAGGAAACAAAAUGGAGACGAGGGCUAUGUACCCACAUCCUACAUAGAGAUCACUCUAGAAAAAAACAGUAAAGGUGCAGUAACCUAUAUCUAACGUCUAACGUACACAUACCCCUGCUACUGUCAGACUGAGAGGAAAAGGCACAAGGACAAAGUGUUAUUAGCUGAUCUAUAUUGUUCACUGUGUGAGCUCCCACAUUUCACUCAUGGGGAUAUUUAGCAGACAAACAACUUGUAACCACUUCCUCUAAUAUCAGGUCUUGAGUAGGUUUUUGGUUUAUCAUUUGCCCUUAGUCCAGGGCUUUCCAAUCUGAGGUACUCCAGCUGGGAUAGAGCUUGGGUAGGGUUUGAAUCCUGCACACAUAGUUGGUGAAUAGCCAUAUACCUGCUGUGUACUAUCAAUUCUUGCAGUAAUGGUACUUUCACCAACCUCUGACCCCUUUUUUUUUUUUAUUUUUUUUAAACAUUUAGUUUGGGUUGUUUUAAUUUAAUUUAACCAUUUUUAAGGCAGGUUGUACUGAACAUGACCAGGUUCACUCAAACCAUGGCUUUUUUUGGCUUGAAAUAUUUUAUUGUCGUAUAUACGACGGGUUGUUUUAUUCUCUUUCUUUUUUUUUAACCUAUAAUUCUAAAUGUAAUUCCUAAUUAAUGUGUAGUCUGGUCUGUAUUUAAUCACAAUGUUCCAAACAUGACAAUAAAAUCAAUUUCUUCUUGGGGAAUCCAAGGCAAAAUCA